AUGGCCAUCCUCCGCGGAAUUUCAGGCCAAUUGCCCAUAGCUACACUCACUUCUCUCACCAUCAAUGGCUUGUACGCAUAUCACGGCCCACAGUAUGAUAAACCUGAUUUUCAGAACCUCUUCCGUGGACUCGAUGCUAUCCGUAUCUCACCAUCUUGGGGAUUGGAGCCUCCACCGCCAGACCUUCGGUCUUCAUUUGUCCAUUUUUGGGAGUACACAAUGCAGCUUCGCGUUCUCAGCGCUCUCGCCUCUGAUCUGGACGUCGGCGUUGUCCAUCGGGUCAAUUUUUCGGAGCUGGACUUUCCUGCGCUCGCGUUCCUGUCAUUGCAGAUGAUUUUGUUCAACGAGGAAACUCACGUCUCAGACUUCAUCGUGCGACACAAACUCACGCUGAAAUCGCUGCAUCUUACGCAAUGCCAUAUCGCAUCCUAUAGCGUUUUGGAAGGGCCGCCGCAGGUCUGGUCUCAGAUGUGGACUCGUUUCGCAGACGAGCUGGAGGCAUUGAUCCAGCUCUCGGUGGAGCCGGGUCACAACGUCAACCAAGUCCGGCCACACCAUUCCUCUUAUGUGCAUCUCGACGACAAAAAUCGGCUACUCGUGUCUGCCCAUGCGGAACUCGCUUGA